ACUAGAACCAGCUUAGCGCAGCACCCAUACAGCUUCCAGUAGGACAACGACGUCAAACGAGAGCUUCCACUGAGCUGCCUGCAUUGAAGCUCAUACUACCGGAGAGACUCUUCCCUCAGACACGCCUUCAAUACUCCAGUCCAGACCAAACAAUUCCAGCCCAGUCCAGUCCAGUGCAGCACCCUCGCCAUGUCGAUCGACCCGCCAGCGUACAUCGUGUCGCUGCAGAACAACAUCCGCGCGCGGCCCAUCUCCUGGGAGGGCGCUGUGAGGGCCAAGACGAUUACGGACGAGCAGCUCAAGAACAUCAAGGCAAUCGACAAGGUGCGCAAGGAACAGCGCAAGCAGACUAUCGAGGGCGAUGUGCAGACGUACACCGAUUUGCUGCUCGGCAAUGGCCAGACGAAGAGCAUCUUCGAGAGCGCUGCCAAGCGGACCGACAUUCUGCAGUACAUGCUGGUCUUGACGGGCGACAUUGUGGAUGACAUCCCCGUACUGACCGAGUCCCUCGCCAAACACGCACACCCAUACAAGCCCCUCCUGCCGCUCCUCAAGCAGUCCAACAACCCCGAAGACCCCAUCCCGCUGCUGACCUCCGCCGUACUCGCCUCUCUCAUGUCCUUCGCCCUCAUCGCACAGCCCAAGUCCACUCCCGACAUGGACGAAGCACUUCCCACGCUGUACUCAUACAUUGCCGAGCUCGCAAAGGCCUCCGACUCGAAUCUGCAGGACAUUGCCGUGCAGCACUACAGCGCGCUGCUGCGCACCUCAAAGUCACGACAGCAGUUCUGGAAGCAACGGAAAGAGACUCUGGGACCGUUAAUGGAAGUGCUGCACAGUGCGACUGGCGGGAAGGACUCGGACAGCACAAUGUACAAUGGCGGAUCGACGGCUGCCAGCAUACGCAGCAUGCCCGAGUCGAUCAAAAUCAGUGGAGUUGGUCUCCAACUCUUAUACCACAUUCUCAUGGUGAUCUGGCAGUUGUCCUUUGAGGGUGCGCUCGUGGGACCAGGACUGGACGAGGAGCAUGACAUCGUGCCCCUCUACACUCAACUCUUGCGCAUCUCGCCCAAGGAGAAGACGACUCGCUUACUAUUGGGCACGCUCAACAACCUCCUGUCUUCCAACAAGUCCACACUGAUGCCCGCAGCGCUACCGGCGCGACUACCGGCAGUGCUCACAAAUCUGAAAGGACGACAUCUGACAGACGAAGACUUACUGGAAGAUCUGGAGAGCUUGAAAGUCAUGGUCGAGGAAUACACGAAAACGCAGACCACAUUUGACGAGUAUGCAGCAGAAGUCCACUCUGGUCACCUGCGAUGGUCACCACCACACAAGAACGAGGCGUUCUGGCGCGAAAAUGCACAGCGGAUCAUCGACGAGGAAAAAGGCGCGAUAUGUAAGAAGCUGGCGGAGAUCAUGGGUAAGGAUUGGGCAAACGACAAACAGGUGCUUGCUAUCGGAUGCAGCGAUGUCGCCAAUCUAGUAAAAGUAUGUCCGGAGAAGAGAGCACAGCUGGAGAAGUUUGGGCUCAAAACGAGGGUCAUGAGCUUGAUGCAAGAUGAGAGUGAGACGGUGAGGUGGGAGAGUCUGCGAGCGGUGGGUGAGUGGUUGAGGUAUAGCUUUGACAGUAAGUGAAAUAGACUCAAGGCACAGAGACAGCUAAUUCACUGUAACAUAUGGCAACGAGACUGCGCGUCCCCGAAUGAUGAUGUCCUUACUACUGGACUUGAUUUGAGAUGUAAUGCGAACGAAUGAUUGCCGAGCGAGUUCUGCACAUGUCAAGUACAUGUAGUGAUGAUGAUGAUGACGAUGAAGAUGAAGAUGGUCCGCGUCGAAGCGGGACUUGCGUGGCAGCGUGGAGUGCACUUGAUACCGCAGACAGGUCUCAGGUUGUCGCGAAUGCUGCCGCACUCGCAUCAUGCAGCACCGCGUGCGUGUGUUCACCAACUCACCAAUUCAACAAGAAC